AUGGAAAUUAACCUGGCCAUCUUCCUCCUCUUCUCCUCCUUCAUCUUCCUCUUCAUCAAACUCUUAAGAACCCCUAAAUCCCCCACGAAAACCCGAAAACUUCCCCCGAUCCCCCCGAAGCUUCCCAUCGUCGGCCACCUCCACCUCCUGGUCGGCAGCCCACCCCACCACGCCCUCCGCCGCGUGACACAGAAAUACGGCCCCGUCCUCCGCCUCUCGCUGGGCCAGGUCGAGACAGUUGUGAUCUCUUCCCGCGAGGCCGCCCGGCAAACCCUCAAGACCCACGACCCGGCCUGCGCUGACCGGCCCCAGAGCAUCGGGACCCAGAUCAUGUGGUACAACUACACCGACAUCGCCUUCAGCCCGUACAACGACUACUGGCGCCAGAUGCGCAAGAUAUGCAUCCUCGAGCUCCUCAGCGCCCGCAACGUCAAGUCCUUCGGGUCAAUCCGCCAGGACGAGGUCGACCGUCUCGUCGCAGACCUUCGGUCAGACUCCGGACGGGCCAUCAACUUGACCGAGCGGGUGUUCACCUUCACGAGCACAAUCACGUGCCGGGCGGCGUUUGGGAAGGUGAUGCGCGACCGGGACUCGCUGAUCUCACUGAUGAAGAAGGGGAUGGCGUUGGCGGGAGGGUUUGAGCUGGCAGACCUAUUCCCAUCGUUCAGGCUGCUGCACGUGCUGAGCUGGAACAAGUACAAGCUGCUGAGCAUGAGAAGGGAGCUCGACCGGAUUCUGGACGGGUUCGUAGACGAGCACAGGCGGCAGAAGAGUGGGGAGUUUGGUGGGGAGGAUAUUGUGGAUGUGUUGCUCAGGAUGCAGAGGAAUGAGGAGCUCCAGUUCCCGAUUACGGACGACAACAUAAAAGCUAUCAUCUUUGAUAUGUUCACGGCGGGAACCGAAACAUCGUCGACCACCAUUGACUGGGCCAUGGCCGAGCUGAUGAGACACCCACGAGUGAUGGCCAAAGUGCAGGCCGAGAUACGAGAGGCUUUCAAGGAAAAGACGACCAUCCAAGAAACCGACGUUCAAGCUCUCAAAUACCUCAAACUAGUGAUCAAGGAGACUUUCAGACUGCACCCUCCGAUCCCACUGCUCCCCCGAGCAUGCAGAGACGACUGCGAGGUUGACGGCUACACCAUCCCACUCAGGUCCAAGAUCAUGGUCAACAUAUGGGCUAUGGGCCGGGAUCCCGAGUACUGGGCCGAGCCCGAUAGCUUCAAGCCGGAGAGAUUCGAAAAUGGUUCGGUGGAUUUCCUUGGGAAUAACUUCGAGUUCAUCCCGUUUGGGGCGGGUCGGAGGAUUUGUCCGGGGAUGAACUUCGGGCUGGCAAACGUGGAGCUGCCGUUGGCUCAGCUUUUGUACCAUUUUGACUGGAGGAUGCCUGAGGGUAUGAGGGCCCUUGAUAUAGACAUGACCGAAUCUGAGGGGAUUACCGUCGCUAGAAAGAAUGGCCUGUUUUUGGUUCCCACAGUUUCCAAAAAUAUAUAA